GCCAUUUUGUUUUUCGUUUCUUGCUGUGUGCGACUGAGGUGUGCUCGCAAAAUUUUAUUUCAAAUUGAUACAUUCAAAAAUAGAUUGAAAACGUUUUGUUUUCUUUUUAUUCACUGUAUUCAUCACGUUGGAUAACAUGUCGGAUCGAGAGAGGAGUCGUUCCAGGACUCGUAACGGGUCUCGAGAGCCGGCACCCAAGCCAGCCGCUAUGUCGCGGGGCCAUAGCCGAAGCCGGUCUAGGACGCCGCCCCCGCCAAAAGCAUCGAGCAGAAAAUAUAGGAGCCCGUCCGCCUCCAGGUCGCGGUCGCGGUCGGGGUCUGCGCGGCGCGGGUACCGCUCGCGGUACUCCCGCUCCCGCAGUCGCUCGUACUCGCCGCGGGGCUCCUAUCGCCGCUCCCACAGCCACAGCCCUAUGUCCUCGCGUCGCCGUCAUAUGGGUGACAGGGUGAGGAGCGAUGUUUAUGAGAAUCCCACGCCGUCUAGAUGUCUCGGCGUGUUCGGACUGAGUCUGUACACUACAGAACAGCAGAUCAACCACAUCUUCUCUAAAUAUGGACCCGUGGACAAAGUUCAAGUUGUCAUUGAUGCUAAGACUGGUCGUUCUCGAGGAUUUUGUUUCGUGUACUUCGAGAACCAGGAGGAUGCGAAAGUUGCAAAGAACGAGUGUACAGGCAUGGAGAUAGAUGGACGUCGCAUCCGCGUCGACUACUCGAUCACGCAACGUGCGCAUACCCCGACACCCGGUAUCUACAUGGGGAAACCUACUGUGAGCAGAGGUGGCGAUAACGGCUACGACAGACGUCGCGACAGAGACGACUACUACUACCGCGGAGGCGGCUACCGCGAGCGCGACUACUAUCAUCGCGGCUACAGGCACCGGUCGCCGUCGCCGCACUACCGCCGCCGUCGCUACGAGCGGGAACGCUCCUACUCGCCGCGUAAGUCCUAUUACCACCAAGAGCGAUAGGCUUCCACUCCUAACCCAGCCCCCUUUUAGCUGUCCACACACCAUAAAAUAUCCUUGAAAUCGUACCACUCGUAAAUAUAUUUUCAUAAUCCAUGGCAUGCAAUUUAAAAAUAAUAUUGUAAACAAGUAAAUGGUAAAGCCAUUAAUUUCGAAAGUAACAACUACCAAGAGACUGCUAGAAAUGUGCCAAUGACACACUCGUGACCAGUGGUGAGCAAACUUACUUCAUGGGGACCAAAACUACUUCAGUGGUUGAUUACUUAAUGGCAAAAAAUACCAAGUCUCAUGGCUAUGCAACAGUCAAUAAAUAGUCUGCUAGCUUUCCUGGUUCCUAGACCUCUUAUUAUUCUGCUUCUACCUGAUCCACAAAAUAUUUACACAUUUUCGAGUAACAAUGGUGGCAGGAUUAAAUACUUUCGCGAGUCGUGUUUUGCCCACUACUGUUCUAGAUUGUUUGCUUAUUACAAACAACAAUAUUUAAUCUAUGUUAAAAUGUUUUCUAUUUAUGAAUCAGGACAUUUUAUGGUAGUGGCAACUAAUGUGUCGGGUUCAAACAUACAGGGCUACUUUAACUCUGUAGACAUAACUAGCAGAAAGGCUAGUUGAAUCGUAGUCAAACUCUAUGGUGGUGGGCUGAAAGUACCUAUAAAAUUGUAAUACAAAAUAUUGAUGUGCACACAAAUGGAUGUUAAUUAAUUUGAAAUUUACAUUUUUUCUAUCGAGGUUUUAACUAUUAAUUUUCACACCUUGAGCUGCAGGGUUGAUGUUUUGAGUGUAUAAGCUCUGAUAUUGUCGAAGCAAGUCUCCAGAUGGCGAGACCAAAGCUUAUUUAUGUCUUAAAAUAGCGUGCCAUACGCAAUAAUUUGUAAAUUCGAUAGCAAUAUAUUAUGUGUAACACCUUGUAUUGGCUAUGUAGAGUCAAUUAAACUAUGUAAAUAGUUAAUAUAGAUAGAUUAUUGUUAAUUGGAUGAAAGGAGUGUACCAUCAAGUUUUACAGAAUUAAACCUUUGAACUGAUAGCCAAUUUGUUAUAGUUUUAGUAGCCCUGUUGACUUGCUAAUUGUGCAAAUUCUUUAAAUCCCCUUAAGCGACAAUUUUGUGUGACUAUUGAAGCUCAAGCUUAAUUGUACAAAUAUUGUAUGAUAUAUAUAUUAUUUUGUUUUAUUUUUGACACAAGUCAUUAUUCAUUCUUUUGUUAUUAUGGUUAUCUUGAGUCAGUGCACUCAGUUAGUCAUUAUAAUUUCAAUGGACUCUAAUUAUUUGAAAUACAUUUUCAUGUGCAAGGAUAAAACCUUAAAAAAAGAGCAAUUGUACUUAUUCAAAGAUACCUUUUUCAUAUACCAAAGAGUGGGCAAACAUUGCUCUUCCACAUACAAAUUGGUAAAUAUUGAAUAUCCUAAAAAAAAACUUCUGUAUAUAUUUUUUGUGAUUGUAUGAAGUGGGGUCUGUCUUUGAAUCUUUGUUUGUCUUUUAGUUUAAUUAGGAAUAAGUUCUGAAAUGUCUGAUAUAUUUGGUUUAUAUCAAUUUAUUCCCUUAGUAUUUGGUUUGGUUCAUACGUUCUGAAUCAUUUACUGUUUAUAAUUCAUGCGUGUCCGCAAUUGUUAUGUAACGGCGAGAGACGUCUCGCUUAGCGGCCAGCUGCCUCGUAUACGCGCAUCUACACUGGCCCAACAGUAAAUCGUCAUUUUCAAUCUAUUGUAGCUACAAUGCUUUGUUAUCGCGCAUUUAUUGCUUGAUAUAUACUACACUAGGUACUGCAACAAAAUAUUGUAAUAACCACUAGUCAUUUGUGGAUUAUGGAAUAAAUUGAUAGAAACAUUAUGUUGCCACUUGACACGUAGCACCAUAAUAAAUGUUCUGGUAUAACACAUAGUUACUCCCCUCUUUGACUUUGCAGGUCGUUAUUAGUAAGUUCGUGAUGCUGAGUUCAACUUCAGACAUAGCAUAGCAUUUUGAAUACUACAACAGAUCCCAACUAUGUGUCGACCGGCCUCUUUGCAUUUAUAUUGUAUUGUACCAGCCGGUAGUGUUAGCCGUAUUGUUGUUAACGUUUGUAUACAUUCUGUAACAGGCGGGCCGCAGCCGAGCGUGCGCCGGCCGCGCGGCCCCAAGAGAGAAGCUCCUUUGUGUUAAUUAUAAUGUGAUGAAAGGGUCUAGAAUAAGUUAGCGUGUAACGCCCGCGCGGGCAUAGUUGCCUCUAGGAUGUAAAACUAGCUCUAAUAAAGAUUUAACACUAAGUCUAAUAUUGAUUUUGUUUGUUUGAAAAGGUAUUGAAACAAGAAGUAAAGGAUGAAGUUCCUUGAAACUAACUGUGUUGAAGUUUUGAAAAUGUUUGAUUGAAAAGUCCUUUCGAAAUGGCGCUCGCCGGAAUCGGGACCGGCAGCCGGCAGCCGGCCGCCGGGCGUCCGUCCGUCCGUCCGUGACGUGUCGCAGCCAACGGCACCGGCUUGUCGAAGCGAAAAGAAUAUGAUCGAGUUAGCCGCUAAGUAGGAAGCCCAAGCUUUGCGAAGACAUUGAAGAGAGAAGUCGCGCGCGCAUAGAUCAUAUUCUUUAUCUUCCGACUACCGUAUAUCCAUUCUAUCGUUGUGACGACGUGAACUCGCAUUUCUCGUGUUGCUAGCUAAGCUGCAUAUGUAUUAUUAUGUAUCGGUUGUAUCGAGUCUAGCAUCUCACGAUAAUUAGCGUAGCGUUGUUGUACGACUUGUUAAUAAAACAAUAGCUGUAACGUCAUUAUUGGUUCUUCUUCAUUCACUUUGGUUCGUCCCACCUUCUCUAUCCAUCGUAUCCUUUCUCUCGACUGACGCUGCGGAGGGUCCAGGACAAUCUGAGGCUACAAAUUCUAUGUACUAACUUCGAGAUAACAUUCAUACUAUAUACAUUAUACAAUAAUAUUAUCAUAUAAACAGAAGAGACUAUCGCUUGUUUGGAAUUUAAACAGUAACUUACAUCUAAAUCUUAGUAAAAUAAUUACAUUCAAAACAUUACCUGGUUUAGUCUUCUCAAUACCUGAUCCGACGUCAGCGUCAUCAACUCCUAGCAGACUGAUGAACAUUCUGCUUUUAUUUUGUAUCUAUUUUAUUCUAGUACCUAAUUUUAUUAUGUAUAUGUACUAUUGACGGCAUUUAGUUAGACUUAUAUUCAUAGUAAUUUUUUGCAUAAAAACUGUAGCAGCAAUAUUCGAUUACUCUUUAGAUGUCUUAGCUUACUGUAGGAUGCACAUUAAUGUACUUUAAAAGCACAUACUUAUAUAAACAAUAGAAGUUAAUGUAAGGACAUGGUUACCCUCUAGGCAAUCUACCCAACACUUCAGAUGUUCUAAAUGACAUCAUGUGCCUAGUGAUAAGUCGUAACUAUAAUAAAACUACAGUUUUUAUGCAAAUGACUAGUGUUAGAAUAGUAUGGGUAUUAUAUAGUAAAAUAAUAUUAACCAAAUUCUCUAUCAGAUUUUUAUUAAAAUUCUUAACAAUAUCUAUGUAUAUUAUUAUUAUAAAUAUACCACAUAAUCGUGACGUUGGCACUCACCAUGGCGACUAGGCUAACCGCUGAUAAACUUAAAUACUCUUUAAUAUACAAAUAACAUUAAAAACAAUACACGGCAACAUAUGAUCGUUUGGUUAAGCAUUUGAUUGCAUUGGACGCGAUUUCAUUUCUGGCGGAUGUGUCACUUAAAGCUACGGGACGUGGAAUGUGAUAUGAUUUGCAUGUUUGAUUUGAAGUCUGCCUCUUAUCCAAACAAGAUGUUUUUUGUCAUUUAUAUGUACCCUUGUAUUAUUAAGAGCCUGUCAUGUGAUGCUACAUUUGGCACAGAUAGCACCUGUAUAGGCUCUGCAUAAAGCUCAAUAGCUUCAGAGCGGCACAGCGUUGUCAAUUACACAAUAAAAAAAUUUGAAAACAGCUUCAAGAAGAGACACGAGGGCGUUCUAAAAGUAAUCAAUUUGUUUUGUACGACUUCAAAUCCAACAACUACUUCGAACAUCUGGAAUGCUUGCACAUAUAAUACUGCUAAAUAAAAGUACGCUUUAGGUACUUGGCAAGCAACAUUACAACAACAUAUAUACUUAUAUCUAAGGCAGAAAAUACUAUAAAGUUUAACACUAUAAAAAAUAAAAUUCAUAAAAUGCCACUAAUCGUUUCAUACUAGUACGAUAAUGGAUAGUAGUUAUCGACAUAAUUAUGUUACGCUGUGGAAAGCUGUACCUAAGUAGGUACAUAAAGAUGACAUACGCCAAAAACUACAAACCAUUAUCGCAUAAAUUCAACUACCUAUAUUCCCAGUUCUUAGCAAUAAACCAGCUUUCAGCGAAGUUACUACAAGAUAAUUUCUGGAAGGACUAGAGAUUUCAGCUGUAAGAAAAUAAAUAUAAAAUUUGGCAAUUAUAAUCUAGAAGUGGCCGAAAAACUUAUUUUCUAGUGGCAAGAAUAGAAUGAGCUCGAAACAAUUAGUCUACGAUGCAGUCGCUAUAUAACUGCAAGGAAUAUCUAUAUAGGGCAGGUAUGUACUGAAUAUUACUGCUGGACCUACACAUUAGAUAAUACAAUUAUAAUAAAGAAAAUAGUAACCCACAAAGUGAUGUGUCAUCGAAUAACUACAUUAUACAAAUAAUAAACGUACACCAAAAUGUUUUGAAGUUUCAUUUGCUACAUCCUUACUUCUACAAGAAUUUAAAAUGAGUAUGUUUUAGAAUUUCACUGAUUUACCGUUGGAUCCGACGAGAAUAUCUCAAAUAAUAUACUUUCUUUAUACAGUCAUAAUAUAUAAAAAUAUGUAACAAAAUAUAAAAAUAAGUCAAAUUCAGCAUCUUAUGGCACAGGUAUUCU